CGCAUAUCUCGUGAAAAUGGUCGCGAGUUCAUUACCCAUAUUACUAUCAUGACAGCCCAAGGGGACUCUCCAGCGCCAACAAUGGAUAGGCCAUCAUCACUUUCAUCCGUGCAGGAACAGCAGCCGAAGUCAGACACAGACGAGUCCACCAGUACACCAGAACAGGCGGGUGGACUGAGGAGCUAUAUUAGGAUCUUUUCUGGUUCCUCCGUUGUGCAACUGACGACUAAUGCCAACUUAGUUAACCAAGGGAUCUCGGAGAAGCUGGGCUUCGCGGUGCAGGGCACGGCGACCUUUGUGGCGGCAUUUAUUGUAGCCUUCGUCGUGCAGUGGAAAUUAACUCUAAUUACGAUCUGUAUUGCCCCGGCCAUUCUGAUUGUGACCUCCAUCUGUGCUGGCAUUUUCGUUAAGCAGGAGAACAAAAUCCUCCAUGUGAACUCCAUCGCUGGGACUCUGGCUGAGGAGGUUCUUGCCAGCAUGAAGACCGUGCAUGCCUUUUCUGCUUUUUCCAAGUUAACGACCAAAUAUGACGACCACGCCAAGGAAGCGAAGCGUCUGGGUCUCACACAGUCUCUCAACAUGGCGAUAUUAUAUUCAGCAGAGUUUUUCUGUGUCUAUGCCGGAUAUGGCCUGGCCUUCUGGCAGGGAGUCCGCAUGUAUGCGAGGGGUGAGAUCGAUGAGCCGGGAAAAAUUAUCACUGUGAUCUUUGCUGUCAUCGUAGCUGCGACAGCAAUGACACAGAUUGCACCGCAGAUUAUUCAAGUCACCAAGGCUGCGUCAGCCGCACAAAGUCUGUGGGUGGUAAUUGAUCGUGAAUCUCCAAUUGACGGACUGUCCUUGGACGGGGAACGGCCCGGCAAAUGUGAGGGGAAUAUUGAAUUCUCAAAUGUCUCCUUUGCGUAUCCCACCCGGUCCCAGAUCACAGUUCUUCAUGAUUUCACACUGUCAAUCCCUGCCAACAGGACAACAGCUUUGGUUGGGCCUAGUGGUUCGGGUAAAAGCACGGUGACUGGAUUGCUCGAGAGAUGGUACAAUACGCAGGAUGGCAUCAUCACACUAGACGGGGUGGACAUCAAACAACUCAAUAUCCAAUGGCUGAGGACUAACAUUCGCAUUGUUCAACAGGAACCCACACUCUUCAAUGCCACGAUCUUUGAAAAUGUGGCAUACGGCCUAGCAGGAACGGACUAUGCCAACACCUCAAAGCAGGAUCAGAUUGAGCGAGUCAUUACAGCCUGCAAGGCUGCGUACGCCCAUGACUUCAUCGAGACCUUACCCGAAGUCGGGGAGCGGGCCACAAUGUUGUCCGGAGGCCAGAAGCAACGUAUUGCCAUUGCUCGAAGUAUCGUUUCUGAUCCUAAGGUGUUGAUCCUCGACGAGGCUACAAGUGCAUUAGAUCCACAGGCUGAAAAGAUCGUGCAAGAGGCCUUAGACAACGUUUCUGCAUCACGAACGACUAUCACAAUCGCACAUAAGCUCUCCACGAUCAAAAAGGCAGACCAAAUUGUGGUCCUUUCGCAAGGGAAGAUCGUUGAGAAGGGAGCCCAUGACGAGCUCCAGGCCGCAGGCGGAACUUACCAUCGCCUCAUCAAGGCACAGGACCUUGGUACGGUUGUCAACGAUGGAACCCAGCCCGAGAAGGAAAGGAAUGAGAAAAGCAAUGGUAUCAACCAGGUCCUUUCUGGACCACAAGACUAUAACAAAGAAGCCAAGCUUGUGGAAAGAUUAAAGGCUCCGUCUGGACAUGGCCGUAGUCUGAUUCGAUGUCUGGCUGUACUGCUCCGGGAGCGCCGCGACCUAUGGUUUGAAUUCAUUGUCACAUUUGUUACCUGCGUCGUGGGAGGAGCGACAUACCCGGUACUCGCGUUUAUAUUCGCGAGGGUGUUAGAUGUCUUCCAAAUACAAUCCACAAGCAAGAUGGUGGAAAAGGGUGAUUUCUAUGCCCUCAUGUUUUUUGUCGUUGCUCUUGUCAUUUUAGUUGUUUAUGGGGUUCUGGGCUGGGUUACAAAUGUGAUAGCCAAUUGCGUUGUGUAUACGUACCGUCUCGAGAUGUUCCGCAAUUAUAUCCGACAAGAUAUGACCUUUUAUGACCAGCCCCAACAUACAACUGGCUCCUUGGUCUCUGAACUCGCCGCGAAACCUACUAGCUUGCAAGAGCUGCUUGGGGUCAACAUCGGAAUCGUCAUCAUUGCCCUAGUGAAUAUCAUCGCCAGUUCUAUCCUUUCCAUAGCUGUUGGCUGGAAACUGGGGUUGGCGGUACUCGCAGGGGCCAUGAUCCCAAUGGUAUUCUGUGGCUACCUAAGAAUUCGCCUGGAGUUCCGACUAGACGAUGCCACCUCGCAUCGAUUUUCUGAAAGUGCAGCACUGGCUGGUGAGGCGAUGUCUGCGAUUCGCACUGUUGCAUCGUUGGCCAUCGAACGAGUGAUCUUAGAGAAGUACACUGCCAAGUUGGCGGGCAUUGAGCGAAAGUCCAUUAAGUCGUUAACCUGGACGAUGUUCUGGCUAUCCCUCACACAGUCCCUCUCAUUGCUCUCUAUGGCAUUGAGCUUCUGGUAUGGAGGUCGCUUGUUAUCAACAGGAGAGUACUCGAGUACACGAUUAUACAUUGUUGUCAUUGGGGCUAUACUUUCUGGUGAAGCUGCGGCGUCAUUCUUCAUGUUCAGCACCAGCUUUACCAAAUCACAGGGCGCAUGUAACUAUAUCUUCUGGCUCCGUUCUCUGCAACCUGAUGUUCAAGAUGGCUCGUCCGACAAUGCGCCCGGAGAAUCAAAGGAUAUGGCUGCCCAUGUGGUGUUACAGGACGUCGUAUUCCGGUACCCUACACGGCCUACUCGGCCGGUGUUAAACGAUAUCAAUGUUGAGAUAAACCCUGGCCAAUUCGUGGCCUUUGUCGGACCCUCCGGCCAUGGAAAAUCCAGUCUCAUCUCGCUGUUGGAGCGAUAUUAUAAUCCAACAUCUGGAAGCAUCCAACUGGAUGGUUCAGAUAUCCGCGACAUGUCGCUCGCUUCAUACCGCAGUCAUUUAUCUCUUGUCCAACAAGAACCGAUCCUCUACCAAGGAACAAUCCGUGAAAAUAUCGCAUUAGGCCUUGAGGAAGAGGCGACCGAGGAACGGAUCUACGAGGCCUGUCGCCAGGCAAAUAUUUUUGACUUCGUUUCCUCCCUGCCAGAUGGAUUAGCGACGCCAUGUGGUUCGCGAGGAAGUCUUUUCUCCGGUGGUCAGCGGCAGCGUAUUGCAAUCGCAAGGGCUCUUAUCCGCCGACCCCGUUUGCUGUUGUUGGAUGAGGCUACGUCUGCGUUGGAUACCGAGAGUGAGAGGAUUGUGCAAGAGGCCUUGGAUCAGGCCAAAGAUGGUCGGACGACGAUUGCGAUCGCACACCGCUUGUCAACUAUCAAGCAUUCGGAUCGAAUCUUCGUGCUGGUCGGGGGUCGUGUGCGUGAGCAAGGGACUCACGAGGAGCUGCUCCAGCGGCGAGGGAUCUACUAUGAGAUGUGUCUAGGGCAGGCCUUGGACAAAGCAACCUAA